UUUCUUCCAAAUUCUUUAGUGGACUACACAUAUCAUCUAUAAUUCAAUAAUCUUGCACUCCCUUUUGUUUUUUCAGGUGGUAGAAUGUUUGUUGAAUGACUUUUUAUGCCUUUUAUAAUUAAAUAUUCAAGAAUAAUUCACCACUAGAAUAUUUUAUUUUCUCCAUUCUUUAAAUCUCCCCUCAAAGUUUUUGCUUUUCUUUAGAAAGAAAAAAACAAGAAACAUAUUACUAUAUUCUAUCCUCAUAUUGGAGAAUUGUGUCAGAUUAUCACAAGAAUAUGUUGAUCAAGAACAAGAUCCCAUUCUUACAAAUUGGCUAUAUUUUCUUGUAUUUAAAUUCUUGAUCUUAUUGUAUUAGUAAUUUGUCAAUUACUAGAAGAUGGCUAUUAUGGGCAUUUUCAAGAAGUUCAAACCUCAUUUUCUUAUGAUUUUAGCUCAGAUUUGCUAUACUUUUCUAUACUUCAUAACUGAAGCUUCCUUCAAUCAUGGGAUGAAUCCUCAUGUCUACGUUACUUAUCGGCAUAUUGUUGGUGGUUUAGUUAUGUUACCAUUUGCCUAUUUUCUCGAAAGACAAACAAGACCAAAGUUGACUUUGGCUUUGCUAUUGGAAAUCUUUGUACUUUCUCUUAUGGGAGUGAGUUUGACGUUGAAUAUGUACUUUGUGAGCUUGAAUUUCACUUCUCCAACUUUUGUAUCUUCUAUGGUCAACACUAUUGCUGCAUUGACCUUUGUAUUAGCAGUAAUAUUCAGGUUGGAAGUUGUAAAUGUUGGAGAUCCUAGGGGAAUAGCAAAAAUCUUAGGAACACUGGUUUCAUUGGCUGGUGUAAUGACAAUGACAUUGUACAAAGGAGCUUGUCUGAAAAACCUAUGGCAACCUCUCAUCUAUAUUCAAAGAGGAAGCAGUUUUGUGCAUGAAAAUUGGCUGAAAGGGUCCAUUUUGACAGUUGCUAGCUGCAUUACAUGGUCCAUAUGGUACAUCAUGCAGGCUUACACACUAAAAAGAUAUCCAGCACAAUUGUCAUUGACUACAUGGAUGAGUUUUGUUGGAGCAGCACAAUCAGCUUUUUACACUGUCAUUGUACAACAUAAAAGAGCUGCUUGGACCAUUGGUUUCAACAUUGAUUUUUGGUCUACAAUAUAUGGGGGUAUAGUGAUCUCUGGUUUAGUGGUGUUUAUUCAACUUUGGUGCAAUGAGCAAAAAGGACCUGUUUUUGUAACUAUGUUCAAUCCACUAUCAACAAUAUUAGUGGCAAUUCUAGCAUACUUUGUCUUUGGGGAAAGGCUAUAUAUGGGCAG